AUGUCAGGUCUCACCGGCUACGGAUACCAGCGCAGAACAGAGGAGGAUGAGGUGAUGCCGUUUGUUCUGGAUGAGGAGUUUUAUGAUCACCUAUUUGAUAGGGGCUUGUUGCCUGAGCCGCCAUCCAAAAGCAAGACCAGCAGCAGACCUGCAACCCCUCAAGAGACAAACAAACAGGAGUCAAUCUUAGAGUCUCAUCAGGAUGAUGUGGUGCAGUUUGAAGACGACCCUUCUGAGCUUUCCGACAACCUUUCGGAGCUUUCCCACGACUCCCAGACAGAACUUUCCUGUUGCAGUCCUGGAAAACCUUUAAUUUCUGCUUCAGAGAAAAUGUUAACCCCAAAAACUCCAGAUGGCAUCGGUGAUGCUGUGAAGGCUAAACCCACCAACAUCAACUGCUUGGGACUUCCAAACCUCUCAAACACGUGCUAUAUGAACUCCAGCCUUCAGGGCCUCCUGACACUGGAGAACUUCGUCCAGGACUUACAGCACCAGAAGCAGGUCUGGGAUCCAUUAUCUGACGCCCAACUGUUAAGAGAAUUCCUAGCGAUCAAAGACGCCCACACCUCCAGCGACAUCAACAGUAAAAGGAGCCUCCUGUACUCAUUCAAGGACGUGGUCUCUGUUCAGGCUCCAGAAUUCUGCGACUACGAGCAAAAGGACGCUCAUGAGUUCAUCACAUCAGUCCUGAACCAGAUGAGGAAUCUGUCCCCACUUCUGCAGGACAUCGCAACCUGCAUGGGACAAACAUACACCUGCCCUGUGGAACGCAACAUGGUGUUCCAGAUGGAGAACAUCAGGACAUGCAAGAGAUGCGGAAAACAGUCGAGAAGAGACGAAGUGUUCACAAACCUGUCCCUGGAUCUGUUUCCUGGAGUCUCGGUGGAAGAGAUGCUUCAGGAAUACCAAAAGGAGACCAAGUUGGAAUACAAGUGCGAGUGCGGAGGAAGAACAUCUGGCCAGAGAUCAACUUUUAAGACCAUGCCAAAAGUGCUCAUCUUGCACCUGAAGCGUUUCUGGUUCACUUCCGACUACAGGAUGGAGAAGUUACACUACGCUAUCAAGCUGCAGAGCAACCUGCAGGUGUCUGGCAACGAGGACACUACAUCUGUGACAGCGUUCAUCCCGACGACAGUCCAGACAAGCCAACCGACAGGUGGCUCACCUUCAACGACUUGGAAGUCUUUAAAACAACAGGAGUAUCUGUGUGAAUAG